UGAGGGGAGGAGGAGGAGACACAGAAAGCUGAGGAUGCAGGUUUGGUCCACGGUACUCGAGCCCUCCAGUCGAGCCGCGCAUUAGCAGAAGCGGUGCCGCACAGGCGAACUUCCAGCGGUCUCAUCACCCGCCGACGAGGAGAUGCGUCCGCAAAAGCCUUGAUUCGACCUCUUUUCGCAUCCCUCCUCCUCUUCCUCCGCUUCCUCCUCCUCUUCCUCCCACCACUAGCGAGGAGCAUCCCGCACACCGAGCUCACUCCGACGGGCGGCCAGACGGGAGGAUUGACACGAGCCAGACACGAUGCGCGGUGGGACAGCCGCGGGAUUUAUAGUGGUGCUGAACGCGCUGGUGCUGGCGACGCGGGCUGCGGGGGGAGUCUUCACGGACCACCUUCUGGUCCAGUUGCACGAGGACGCACAGGAUGAGGCGCACCAACUUGCAGCACAACAUGGGUUCCAGAGUGCCCGAAAGCUGCCGUUUGGAGAGGGGCUCUUCCACUUCUACCCCCAGGACACUUCAAAGAGGCGGAGCAAGCGCAGCGUCCACAGCAGGGGGCGGCUCCAGAAGGACCCCAGGGUGAAGAACGUCUUUGAGCAGGAGGGUUUCAGUCGCCAGAAGCGCGGCUACAGAAAUAUCAAUGACAUCGAAGUCAACAUGAGUGACCCGCUAUUCACCAAACAAUGGUAUCUGAUAAACACGGGCCAGGCAGAUGGGACCCCUGGGCUGGAUCUUAAUGUGGCCGAGGCGUGGCAGCUGGGCUACACGGGCAAAGGAGUUACCAUCGCCAUUAUGGACGACGGCAUCGACUAUCUGCAUCCGGACCUGUCGUCCAAUUACAAUGCCGAUGCCAGCUAUGACUUCAGCAGCAAUGACCCGUUCCCAUUUCCACGCUACACAGACGACUGGUUCAACAGCCACGGCACACGAUGUGCUGGAGAGGUGUCUGCAGCAGCCAACAACAACAUCUGCGGCGUGGGAGUCGCCUACAACUCCAAAGUGGCAGGUAUUCGGAUGCUGGAUCAGCCCUUCAUGACCGACAUAAUCGAGGCGUCGUCCAUUAGCCACAUGCCUCAGGUGAUCGACAUCUACAGCGCCAGCUGGGGACCCACGGACGACGGCAAGACGGUGGACGGGCCCCGGGAGCUCACGCUGCAGGCGAUGGCUGACGGCGUCAACAAGGGCCGCGCGGGCAAAGGCAGCAUCUACGUGUGGGCCUCGGGGGACGGCGGCAGCUACGACGACUGCAACUGCGACGGCUACGCCUCCAGCAUGUGGACCAUCUCCAUCAACUCGGCCAUCAACGACGGGCGCACGGCGCUGUACGACGAGAGCUGCUCCUCCACGCUGGCGUCCACGUUCAGCAACGGGCGCAAGCGGAACCCGGAGGCCGGAGUCGCCACCACUGACCUGUAUGGAAACUGCACGCUGCGUCACUCUGGAACCUCGGCAGCAGCUCCAGAGGCAGCUGGUGUUUUCGCGUUGGCUCUCGAGGCCAACCCCAACCUGACCUGGAGAGACAUGCAGCACCUGUCCGUGCUGACCUCCAAGAGGAACCAGCUCCACGACGAGGUCCACCAGUGGCGGCGCAACGGCGUGGGCCUGGAGUUCAACCACCUGUUCGGCUACGGCGUGCUGGACGCGGGGAGCAUGGUGAAAAUGGCCAGGGAGUGGAGGACGGUGCCCGAACGCUUCCACUGCGUAGCCGGCUCCGUCCAGGAGAGCCAUAAAAUUCAGUCAGGCAAUAAACUGGUCCUGGCCAUCACCACGGAGGCCUGCCAGGGGAAGGACAACUUCGUCCGCUACCUGGAGCACGUCCAGGCGGUGGUCACCGUCAACGCCAGCCGCCGCGGCGACCUCAACGUCAACAUGACCUCCCCCAUGGGCACCAAGUCCAUCCUGCUGAGCCGGAGGCCGCGCGACGACGACGCCAAGGUGGGCUUCGACAAGUGGCCGUUCAUGACCACGCACACGUGGGGCGAGGACCCGCGCGGGACCUGGCUCCUGGAGGUGGGCUUCGAGGGCACCGAGCCCCACCGGGGGGUCCUGCGCGAGUGGACCCUCAUGCUGCACGGAACACAAAGUGCCCCUUACAUAGACCAGAUAGUGCGCGAUUAUCAGUCUAAACUCGCCAUGUCCAAAAAGGAGGAGCUGGAGGAGGAGCUGGACGAGGCCAUAGACAGAAGCCUGAAGAGCUUGAUGAGUAAAAACAACUAGAAUCCCGUCUGCAUGUUUCCUCUCUCUGCAAAACCGCUCUAUCCUCUCAAUCUAUCGACACGGCGUCUCCCCGGCCUCAUCCUCCUCUCUGUCUACCUCUCUCCCCCACUUCAUCAUGCUUUUGGUUAUGAAGUGUUCCCAAUAGCCCCCUCGCCUUCGAUGAAUGUUUCUCGUAGUCCGAUCAUGAUGAACGUGUAAUCUUCAGUAAUCUGGCCUAUACACAACGCUAACUACGUCAAAUUGGAUUUCUACUCAGAACUGUGCAUACAGUAAGUUCUCCAUGCUCUUGCUUUGACUGCCAUGCGCCACUCUUCUGCCAACUGUUGUACAGUUUGUGACUGUAAAUGAUUUUCUGUGUCACUUUACUUAAAUAUCUUGCAAACAGAGCAGUGAUACUUCUUUCUGUUUAUAUUUUUGUGACAUGCACUGUUUAUAUAAACAACGGAAGGAAUGUGUGAUUCAUUUCGCAGCCUGUGGUCCUCUGUUCAUAUUUCAUAAUCUUUGAUGUAUACUAAAUAAAUCUAUUCAGCUGUUUAUUAAA